AUGACACUUACAGACGAAAAGCCGCCUCGAAUGAGCGGCUCCGACUCGGGCUCUGGGAACACGGCGACUCCUGUGCAGCAGCAGCAGCUUCCGACAGAAAAGACGGAACCAGAGCCCGUUGCGCCGGCGCCCUUGACGGCCCAGAGCCCACCUCCUGAUGGCGGAAUCGUCGCGUGGCUGCACGUCGUGGGUGGCUUCAUGCUCUUUUUCAACUCAUGGGGCCUCCUAAAUACCUUUGGCGUCUACCAAUCCUACUACGAGUCGGGCGCAAUGUUCAAUCGGUCAUCCUCGGACAUUUCUUGGAUCGGCGCACUGCAAGCAUACUUGGUCUUCCUCGUCGGCUUGUUUGCUGGCCCCAUCUACGACCGGGGCUACUUCAAGUCGCUCAUCGUUUUCGGAUGCCUCGCCAUUACUUUCGGACACAUGAUGCUUAGCCUGUGCAGCCAGUACUGGCAGGUCAUUCUCUCGCAAGGUUUCGUGAUCGGCAUCGGCGCGGGCUGUCUCUUCGUCCCUUGCGCGUCCAUCAUGCCGUCCUACUUCCGGGCCAAGCUGGGACUUGCCAUGGGCUUGGCUUCUGCUGGAUCUUCCUUUGGCGGUGUCAUCUACCCCAUCAUGCUCAACCGCCUGAUGGAUCAGGUCGGAUUCGCCUGGGCCACCCGCAUCAUCGGCUUCGUCGUGUUUGGGACUUUGAUGAUCCCCAUCGCCGUCAUGAAGAUGCGCUUCAAGGCACCCAAGGCCCGCGCCCUGAUCGACGUCUCGGCCUUCAAGGACAGGCCCUACGUGCUGUUCCUCGUCGCCACCAUGGUGGGCUUUGCGGGCCUCAACGUCGCCGUCUUCUACACCUCGUUCUAUCCUCUCAACCUGGGCCUUGCCGACAGCAGCCUGUCCUUCUACAUGGUGGCCAUCUUCAAUGCCGCAUCGACGCUCGGCCGAAUCCUGCCCAACGCCCUCUCGGACCUGAUUGGUCCCUUCAACACCAUCACGCCUUGCGCGAUUCUCACCGGCGUCACGCUGUUUUGCAUGGCGGCCGUCCGUCAUUUGGCCGAAGACAUGGUCUUGACCGUUCUCAUCGGUUUCUUCAGCGGCGUCUUCAUCGCCAUGCCGCCCGUCUGCUUCGCCGCGUUGACGCCUGACCGAUCUAAGCUCGGAACCCGCGUCGGAAUGGGCUUCGGUACCGUCAUUGCCUUUUCCAUGCUGAUAGGUGGUCCCGUCGCCGGCGCUAUCCUCGGCACCCAGGAGCCGCUGAACUGGCUCGGGUGCUGGAUGUUUGCAGGUGCUUUUGCCACGGUGUCGGGCUUCAUGUAUGCGGUCUUGCGCGUCAUGCGGGUUGGCCCUGGCCUGGUGGUGAAGGGUUGA